AUGUACGGAGAUUUAUUUGGUGAUCUUCCAACAGCAAAGAAGAAGACAACAAAGAAAGAACCGCCGUCUUCUUCAUCGACAAAGAAUCAAUCUGGAGGUCUGUUUGGCGAUCUUCCAGCGGCAAAAAAGGGUGGAAGUAAUAGUAAUCAAAAUGAAACACAGCAGGUAGAACAGAACGGUGCUAGUUCCUCCACCAACAACGUGGAAGCAGCGGGGGUAAUGUCAGCUUCUUCUUUGAAAGGUCCAGCUACAUCAAAGGUGGAAGGAGCAACGUCAACAUCUACGUCAACAUCAGCGGCUGCUCCAGCCGUCCAGAGCUCCUUCCUAAAGACUGUCGGAUCUGCCGGCACCAGCAUGGCGUUUGUCCCAGCUGCAGCCAGACGAAAGAAACGACCGCGGCCGACUCCAGCAACCACUACCACCACCAAGGCAAAUCAUCCACCACCCAUGGAUGAUUCGUUAACCGCUUCCACGCCAGCUUUGGAUAAAAGCGAGACAACUACAGAAACAACAACAAGAACAACAAGAACAACAACAACAACAUCUCAAUUUCAAGCAUCCGUGUAUACGACUACAACCACAACGGCAUCUGUCGUUACGAAACCCCACCAACAACAGCAUAAACCAUCCCACAAUCCAAAAGUCAUUGAUAUUCACCAAUCCCUACAAUCGGAGCAGCAGCAGCAUCAAUCAUCAUCAUCAUCGCAUUACCAACCCCAUUCUCAAUUCCAUAAUGAUGACGAUGAUGAUGAUAAUGACGAGAAUGAAAAUUCCUUCAACAACAAUCACAACAACAACAAUGUCAUAACACCUGAGAUUUUAGAUGUAUACGAUCCCUAUGUUCCCAAUGAUUUGUUGCAAUAUUUGGAACGCAAAACGCUACUGGAAAAACGAAAAGUCAUGGAAGACCAACAACGUCAAGCUCUGGAAGAUCAACGCCUGCUACGGGAAAAGUUGCAACAAGAACGAAAAUCUCUAGUGCCGGACGAGGAACAGCAGAGCGACGAUUAUGGUGCGGCCUCAAUGAUGAUAAUGGAGGACCAAAGAACCAACACACUUAGAGGAGCAGGACGUGGAAGAGGACGAGGGGUGUCGAAUCUACCCGCAUGGUUGGUCGAAAAGCAACGAAAAGAAAAAGAAGAUGGAUUGGGGAAAACGACAGCACCAACUAGCAAGAGGCAAGAAUUAUGCUUUGAUGAUAGUAUCUUAUGA